GAUUAAUUAAAUGGUUUCUGUGUCAGCUUUACAGUCUGAUUUAGGAGAGGAAGGAGGCAAGACAGAAGCAAAAAGAUGUCUAAGGAAAAUUUAAGUGGUUAUUACAGUUUUGUCUCUCAAGAAAACAUGGAUGAGUACCUCAAAGCACUGGAUAUUAAUAUUGCAUUGCGUAAGAUUGUCUGCCUUCUGCACCCAGACAAGGAGAUUAUCCAGAAUGGAAAUCACAUGAUCAUCAAGACACUGACCACAUUCCGGAAUUUUAACAUGGAUUUUGAACUUGGCAAAGAGUUUGAGGAAGAUUUGGGACCAGUAGAUGGACGCAAGUGUCAGACUACAGUUGCUUGGGAAGGUGAUGAACUUAUCUGUGUGCAAAAGGGUGAAAAACAGAACCGAGGUUGGAAACACUGGAUCGUGGGAGACUUGCUGCAUUUGGAGAUGACUGCGGAAGGAGCUGCAGCUAAGCAGGUGUUCAGGAAAGUGAAGUAACCAAGAACAUGGAGAAGGAACAUAUGAAGGAUUGUCACCUGGACAGCUGAGCACUACUGUAGUGUCACCAAGAGCACCCAAGUCUGGCUGUUGUUGGACCCAACAGCUGAAGCAAUAUUUUAGAACUGGAUGUUCUGUCUCACACAUAUACAGUACAUUCCAAAUGGAUGUGAAGCCAUUGAUGACUGGCUUUCUAGUCUUUGCUGCCCAAGUUAGAAUUGCUCAUUGCAUUCAUAAAAGGAUUUUUUACAGAAAAUAAUGUUGAAGAUAAUUGUUAUGUAUUAUUGUGAAUUUACUGAUAAAUGUUUUUAGAAUAAAUCAUGUUUUCUAAUA